UGGCAACUCGACAUCCAGCAUGGACGGCCUCUGGGUGCUGCUGCACGUGUCUUCCACCUCGCUGCUACUGCUGCUGGUCGCCACGGGCCCCGCCAGUUCACAUACGUCAACAUGCAGAGUGCAGGACUGCCCCAACUACCGCACCAUACACUACUAUGAGGAUCUGGGCUGUGUACGCAGUGACGGCUCCAGCGAAUGCUGCCCUACACUCUUCGAUUGCAGCUCGCUACUGUCGCUGGACAAGACAAAAUGUCACCUCGAUGGGAAGGCAUACGAAGAUGGCACAUGGAAUGAUCGAUCAACGUCUGAAUGCACGCCAGGGUGUGUCUGCCAAAGCCAUGGAGAAGGGCCCUGGAAGGGAGAUGCGCUUUGGGCUUGUUUACCCCCUGGUUUCGUUCAGUACCUGUUGCCUGAAGGAAAGGAAUCCGUCUGUUAUCCGAGCUUCAGAGUUGAUCAGGACUGUUUUGCUGGAAUUAUCUGUGCAAAUGACACCAAGAGCCCACGGAAUGUCACAGAGUGUACUCACGAAGGUAAGACGUUCCUGGAGGGCCAGGUCAUUGACGGAACCGUGUCUGAGUGCCAGAGAUGUGUCUGUCAAAAGGGGUAUGACGGAACGCUGAAAGGGCCUUGGUGUAGCAGACCCAGCUGCGGGUACCGUUUUACGUGGCCCAUUUCACAGCUACAUACGUGUGCGCCACUGUACAGUGAAGAAAACAAGUGCUGUACUUAUGAGUUCCACUGCCGUAAGUAG